GUUUUGAGAGUGAAGCGUUUAGCCCAGGGGCUGCCCCGCAGCGCGGCCGCCGUACCGCGCUCGCAGAGGAGUCCAGGCAAAGGGGUACCACCGUACCACAGCCCGCGCGCGCCGCGCCGGGGCCCCGGAGCCGCGAACAGUGCACCGGGGGAACAGUCAUGGAGCGCGUGCCUAUCAACGCGCCCCAGGGCCCGCUGGGGCUGAUCUUCGAGCCCGAGUCCACGGUCCUCAGCAAGGUCCGCGAGACGUCGCCCCUCUACGGCCGCGUCGAGGUCGGCUGGACGCUCGUCGGCGUCGACCGCGAGGACGUGUCGCACAUGGACGGCUCGCAAGUCACGAAGCUGCUGAAGAUGCGCUCGCACAACCCGCAGGGCCGCCACCUCGAGUUCAAGAAGCGAAGUUUUUCGGUCAGGGAGCUGCCCGGCGACACCGCGGUCGAGGCGCCGAAGCCGCACGUCGCGGUCCGCGCGGACAUCGAAUUUCGGGUCGGUUCGAUGGCGUGGGAGGGUCACGACGGUCGCUGUCCACGCAGGUCACGGUGCACUCGCCGGUCAUGGACCUGUACGCCGUGCUCUGGUCGAUCGACGUCCUGGUCCAGAGUCUCCUGUUCCACAAGCCGAGCGGCGUGGGCGUCUACGUCGCCUACGUGUUGAUCGCGUUCGGCGCGCUCACGUGCACGGCGCACGCCUUCCACCUCGAGUGGCGGCGGAACGUGCUCGUCGUGGCGCUGGCCCUGCGCCUCGUCGACGUGGGCCUGCGGCUGCCGAUGAGCUGGGACAGCGAGUGGUGGGCGCUCCAGACGGACGCCGCGCUGCUCGUGCGGCUCCUGACGGGCGCGACGGCCGGGCGGACCAUCCAGCUCCAGAUGGCCCUCUUCUACCUGGCGGCGGGCUUCUGGAAGCUGAACACGUCGUUCCUCGACGGCGCCUCGUCGUGCGCGUCGGUCUUUGGGGUCCAGACGGCGGCGCGCGCCGCGCUCAUGCUCGGCGGCGGCGACGACCAGGCCGUCCUGGACUGGGAGGCCUUCCUCGCGCCCCUGGCCCAGACCUACACGCCGUGCAUCGUCAUCGCCCUGGAGAUGUCCAUCGCGCUCGGCCUGCUGCUCCGGCCGAACGUGGGCGUCCGCGUCGGCGUCCUCUUCCACGCGAUCAACGCCUGGGCCCCGCCGGCGCCGAACAACAUCGCGUCCUUCUCCGUGGUCUGCCUCGUGCGGCUCGUGACCUUCGCGCCGAAGGCGGCCGCGGACGCGCUGCACCUCACGAUGAGGAACAACUCGGCGCUCAUCUGCGCGGGCGUCGCCGCGCUGCUGGGCGCGGCGGUGCAGCAGUUCAAGGCGGGCCGGGACCCGCAGUUCAUAGCCGCCGUCGGCUACCUCGUCCUCGCGCCGAUCGUCCUGCUGGCGUGCCGCGGCACGUUCCCGGGCGGCAAGCGCCGCGUCCACGCGCCGAGCAAGGCGCGGACGCGGUUCGUGCUGAUCGCGCUGCUCUACUGCGCCACGCCGCUCCUGGGCGUCCUCGAGCUGGGCGCGCCGAACAUGUACGCGAACCUGCGCAUGCGCGCGGGCUCGAACCACCUGCUCGCGCCGACGGGCCUGCUCUUCAAGACGGGGCUGCUGGGCGCGGAGACGCUCACGGUCGUCAAGACGACGUCCCAGCACGUCCUGGACUACUACCCCGGCGACUGCACCGAGGAGCUCAAGCCCGCCGAGAACCGUGCGCGCGCCUUCGCCUCCGUCGGCAUGCGGCCCUUCUUCAACUACGCGCUGAAGCGCGUCAUCAAGUGCAGCUACACGAAGAACACGUGGCGCCCCUUCGACGUGCCCGCGAUCGAAUUAAGGCGCAUCCUCGGCGAGAUGAGCGCCGCGGGCAAGGCGGCGACGCUCACGUACAAGGACGGCGACCGGACCAUCCAGGUCGGCUACGACGCGGACGGCGCCCAGGUCAAGUGCACGGGCUGCACGCCGGACGACGUCGCGUCGCAGGGCCCGCUGCCCUUCUGGGCCGAGAAGUUCCUGGUGUAUUUACCGUACCCCGUGCUCGCCGACGGCAACGGCGAGAUGCCCUGCGCCGGGCCCUGACGCUGACCCAAUUCGCUACAAUAGGCCCUGACCCCCCUCUGACCGACCCGUGCUCUAUGACGCGCGGCGGCGCCCGCCGGGCGGGCGUCGUCGCGCCGAGGAAAUCCACAACUCCCUCGGACGGUCCAAUUCCCCAGUCGAGCGCCCGCCCCCCGGCGGGCGCGGUCCCAAAUUUGAACCGCGACGCACAGCAUACCGCGCUUCACGUCCUCCCCCCUGUCGAGCCGAAGAAGUCCUAUUGUCUAUAAACUAUAUAGCUG